GCGUGCCCAAAAUUUCUGGUGGUUUUCUCAGUUAUUGACGAUCACCAAAUCGAUUUCUGGCUGCUUGCUGACACGAAGAGCGCAUUGCAAGUUUCUUCCCAACCCGGAGUUCAUAUUCGGUUAGCACACAUGGGGAAAAAGAGACAGCACCCGGAUUCCGAGUCAUCGGCGAAUGACCACGAAGGUAUCGCGAGAAAGCGACCGAGGCCCAACCAUCGACACCAUGCGAGAGGACAGAAAGCGGUCGACGACAGUCUCAAUGCGAUCAAGAAGAGGGUCAGGGAUAUCGAGAGGCUACUUGCUCGUGAAAACCUGAAGCUGCCAGCAAAUAAACAAAACGAUCUCGAACGAGAGCUCGCGGCGCACAAGCAGCGCCUCGCUGACGCUCAGGCGAAGAAGGCUAGGAGUAAGAUGAUACACAAAUAUCACAUGGUCAGGUUCUUCGAAAGGAAGAAGGCCAUGAGAUUUGCGAAGCAGCUCGAGAAGAGACUGGCGCAAGCCACAGAUCCCGACGAGGUCUCACAGCUAGAAGCUGACCUUCACGUCGCUCAAGUUGACAUAGACUACGCGAAAUAUUUCCCCUUCAUGGAACCCUAUAUCAGCCUAUAUGCUAAGGCGGCCCCGGGAGGCGCAGACGAGAAGAGCACUGCAGCACACUAUCUGAGGUCCCCCAGGCCUCCCAUGUGGACUUUGGUUGAGAAGAUCAGAGAGGAAGGCAUUACUGCGCUCGAAAGGCUUCAGAACAGACAGCCGGGAAGGAGUUCAGGUUCAACGGCGCUUCCGCAACAGCCGAAACAGGGUGACCGCGCCAAACCAUCGCGGCCCCCGAGCAAAGAGGCAAAGGAGGGAACUUCGCCUCGAAACGCAAGGCUGUCAAGAUCUAAACCUGCUAAAAUAGACCAAGAAGCAAGCGAAGCGGGCGGCCAAGAAGAAAGCAGCGAUAGCGAUGGCGGGGGGUUCUUUGAGGAGGAAUGAACCAAGCUACCUAUGAUACCCACAAUGCAAAGAGUAAACGGCAA